AACAUACCACGCCCACUCAGCUGUUUCCUUAACCGUCAAUAGGUAAAGUUCUUCUCUGUCGCGCUACGCUAAUUUAUCUACUUCUAUUCAACACACCAAAGCGUUUGUAGACGGUAUUCGGAGGCCCACUCGUCCAAACCUCCGUAUGUGUCAGCCAUGUCUCUAUCGGACCAAAGCCAACAGUGGUAUCCCACCAGCGUACAGGUAACUGUGCUUCAGGCAAGAAGCCUGAGGAUAAAGGGAAAAAAUGGCACCAACGACGCAUACGCCAUCAUGCAAGUGGCCAAGGAUAAAUUCUCUACAUCGGUGGUAGAAAAGAGCGUGGCACCGGUGUGGAAAGAGGAGGCCACGUUCGAGCUGCCGCUCUUCCACAACGGUAACGCAGAGAAGUGUACGUUGCACGUCCACGUAAUGCACCGGGCUCUCGUGGGACCGGACAAGUUGCUCGGGCACGCAGUCAUCAACCUGUUGGAGCUCAGCGAGGUUACAUCCCGCAAUAAGACUGAAUGGCAUAAGCUGUUGGACAAGGCAGGCAAGCCAGACAAAGACAGGGGAGAGGUGCUAGUGGACAUCCAGUUUAUGAAGAAUAACCUGACAGCCAGCAUGUUCGACCUCUCUGCUACAGACAAGCCGCGCUCCCGCCUGGGCAAGUUCAAGGACAAGGUUCGAGGCAAGAAGAAGGAGGGUCUGUCGGACUCUGCGUCUGCCGUGGUGCCGUCCUUCACCCAGGUUCUGACGGACAGCGAGGGAGAGGGGGAAGGGGGUGCAGAUAAAGGAGAGAAAAAGAAGAAGAACAAUCUGAAGUCUCUGUUUUCUCCCAAGUCUAACCUGCAGCGUCAUGGACUGUCUCAGUCCAUGUCUGUCCUGGGCCCUCUGCCUGAGAAGAACUCCUCACUGAGUGGCAGCCGCUCCUCAGGCCUCAAUGUGGACUCCUCUGAAGGUAAAAAUAAAUUCAAGUUUCUGACCCAUAAGCGCACAGGCAGUUCCGACAGUAAGGCUUCUCAGGGCUCCCUGUCUCUGGGGCGCUCUAAGGUCCCUGCCCCGCUUGCAGAACAGAGUAACCUGUGCAUCAACGGCAGUCACGUGUACACAGAAGAGCCCCAGUCCCGGAGCGCACGCACCGGCUCCACCUUCAGCCUUGCCAGCUCAGGCCGCGGCUCCAUGGAAGACCUGCGCAGGGCCCAGGGCCGUAAGAGCUCCAGCACCUCCAUGGACUCUCUCACGGCCCUGAAGCAGCCCUCACCCUGGGCAGAGGAGGAAGAGGAGGAGGAAGAAAGAUUUAAGAUGGGUGAGGAGAUGAAGAGAAAGGAAGAGCAGGAGAGAAAGAAGUUAGAGGAGGAAGAGGGGAUGAGGAAGGAGGAACAAGAGAAAAGGAGGAUUGGGGAGGAGGAAGAAAGACUUCGGUUUGAGGAGGAGAGGAUACGGAUUGAAGAGGAGAAGAUGAGGUUUGAGGAGGAAGAGAAAAGAAGGAAGGAGGAACAGGAAAACAGAAAGAGGAUUGAGGAGGAAAAUAUUAGGGUUGAGGAUGAAAGUAGAAUGAUGGAAGAAGAAGAGAGGAAGAGGAGACUGAAGGAGGAGGGAGAGGAGAGGGUGAAGAAGAAAGAACAGGAAAUGAGUAGGUUAGAGGAGGAAAUAGAGGAACAAGAGAGGUGGGAAGAAGAGGAAAGAAUGAAGAGGGAGGAUAGCCUGAGAAAGGAGGACGAGAGGAAAAUGAGGGAGGUGGAGGAGGAGGAGGAGAGGGUUAAGGAGGAGGAAGAAAGGAUUAGGAGAGAACAAGCGGAAGAUAUGCAAAGAAGGGAGGAACGGGAGAGGAAGAUGAGGGAGGAGGAAGAAAGAGUGAAGAGAGAGCAGGAUAGGCUGAGAAAGGAGGAAGAGAGAAGGAUGAGGGAGGAGGAAGAAAGAGUGAGGAAGGCCGAGGAGGAUGAUGGGCUGAGAGAGGAAGAGAGAAGGAUGAGGGAGGAGGAAGAAAGAGUGAAGCAAGAGCAGGAUAGGCUGAGAAAGGAGGAAGAGAGAAGGAUGAGAGAGGAGGAAGAAAGAGUGAGGAAGGCCGAGGAGGAUGAUAGGCUGAGAGAGGAAGAGAGAAGGAUGAGGGAGGAGGAAGAAAGAGUGAAGCAAGAGCAGGAUAGGCUGAGAAAGGAGGAAGAGAGAAGGAUGAGAGAGGAGGAAGAAAGAGUGAGGAAGGCCGAGGAGGAUGAUAGGCUGAGAGAGGAAGAGAGAAGGAUGAGGGAGGAGGAAGAAAGAGUGAAGCGAGAACAGGAUAGGCUGAGAAAGGAGGAAGAGGAGAGGAAGAUUAGGGAAGAGGAAGAAAGAGUGAGGAAGGCCGAUGAGGAAGAUAGGCUGAGAGAGGAACAUAGAAGGAUGAGGGAGGAAGAAGAAAGAGUGACGAGAGAGCAGGAUAGGCUGAGGAAGGAGGAAGAGGAGAGGAAGAUUAGGGAGGAGGAAGAAAUGCUAAGGAGGGAAGAGGAGGAUGAUAUGCAGAGAAAGGAAGAAGAGCAGAGGAAGAUUAGGGAGGAGGAAAAAAUAAUAAAAAUGUUAGAGGAGGAGAGGCUGAGGAAGGAGGAAGCAGAAAGAGUGAGGCUUGAAGAAGAAAGGGAAAAUGAACAGGAGAGAAGGAGGGAUAAGGAGCAGAGAGAACUGAUGGAGGCGAAAGAGAGAUUUAGGGUGGAGGAAGAAAAUAUGAAAAAAGAGGAGUUGAGACAGGAAGAGAGGAUGAGAGAGGAAGAGAAAAGGAGAAAUGCACAGAUGGAGGAAGAGAAGGAGAGUGUACCGUUGGAGGAAGUUGAGAAACAGAUGGAACAGAAUAGCGAGGCAAAGGCCACCUUGUGCAAUAAUCCUUUUGAGGAAGUUUCUCCCACCAGUUCAUUUGAUGACACCUCUUCAAAUAACCUGUUUGAGGAGAGCCCUAUGACCUCCUCUACUGGACCAAUCAGCUGCCGGAUAAAUAAAGGAUCAGCAGUCAAGCCAAGACCCUCUUCAUGGGGGAACCCUUCAAAGCCUGUUAUAUCUUCCAACCCCUUCUUAUCGUCCUCGUCUCCUGAACUGGAGAGUUCUAUGGACUCCCCCAGAGGCGAUGGGGAAACCAGAGAUGCUAUUGACCCGUCUACUGAGCUGAUGGAGAAGAAAGUCCCUACCCCUCUUGCCCCCAACAAACAGCGCUGGGCUCGUAAGGACAACUGGUCUAGUAAGGCCAAAUCUCAUUGUGCCACACCUAAACUCACUAAAACAAAGCCAACAAAACCGCCCCCUCCCCUCAGACGUCACUCUUCCACGUCAUUGGUGGGAAGUUGGGAUGACCAGGGGAGUGUUAGUGGUAAGGACCAUUCCAGUGUCAGACAGGAUAAGGGUCCUGCUCCACUGCCUCCAGACAACCAGCGAUGGGCUCGUAAGGACAACUGGCCUAGUAAGUCCAACCCAGAUUCUGCCAAUUCUACCCUCACCCAAAUAAAGCCAACAAAACCGCACCCUCCUCCAAGACGCAACUCUGCCACGUCCAUGGUGGGAAGUGAACAUGACCAGCACUUAAAUGAGAGUGUUAGUCAGGAUGAUUCCAGUGUCAGGAGGGACAAGCGUCCUGCUCCACUGCCUCCUGACAGACCAAACCAGGCUCCAAGCGAGACACAGAGGGACCAGAGUAUGACCAGUGUGAAUCAGGGACAUAAGGACAGAGUGGGUGCCUCCAUGUCCAAGGUCUCUCAACGUGUGGUACAGAUGAUCACACCACUGACAUCUUCCUCCACAGCUACAACAGAACACAUCAGUGGAGGCCAGAGCUCUUCCCACCAUGGGAACCAAGCAGGGGAAUCCAUGCCAUCUGCCAUUGGGGGGUUGAUUGUUGCGAAACACAAUAAAGGUCCAGCACCCUCGAGGCCCCAGCACCCUCCAGGGAAGACGAUGCCAAAAGCUGAUGUGUUAGAUGAGCAAUCAAAUACUGAUGAACAUGAAUCUUCGGUUGAGUUUGAGUUUGAUCCAAAUAAUCCCUUUGCAGAAGACUGCAGAAUGGAGAAGUCCUCUGGACGUGGUGAAGAACAGAGUCUAACUGGUGAGCGUCAGGAGAGCCUGGACUCUCACAAUCAACAGAGUUGUACCUCCACAGAUGCAGAUCUAGGUCUGUUUCAGAAGAGUGUGGUUGGGGACACAACUGAGCUUCCAACACCAGAUGUUCUGCCAGCUGAGGAUGGCUCCUGUCCCAACAAAAGCACAUCAGCGAAACGGGUCCGUGCUCCCUUGCCUCCAGUGAAGAAAACAUCCACCUUUAGAGAGGAAGGAACUGGUAAACAGAGUUCUGGAAAACUACAAAGCCCAGGGGCUCCCACUUCGAGUAAGCUUUCCUCAGGUAUCUCAGUAAAAACGCAGAGUGGCGGGGUGGGUGUGGCACUACCAUGUGUUACCGUUGCCCAGCCCCCAUGUGUACCCUCACCGGCCCCCUCCUCCCUACCCCACCCCGAGCCCCUGAAGGGAUCAGGGGGCAGGAGAGACUGCCCUCCCCAGACAACAAGCUCUGUCCCUGGCCAGAAGACCCUGCUUCAUGCUGGAGCUCUGCCCUCCAUUGCAGAGCAGUGCAGUGGAGAGGAGGCGGGAGGGAGUGGGGACAGGCCUGCCUCAAGCACACGCAGGCCACACCCAGUAAAGCCCUUGCGCUCCCUGGAAAACCAGCCAGCCUCCGACAUCCAAGAGGGACAGGCUGGCAAAUCUACACGGAUCCUCGGUGGCCUUCAAGAGAAGAUGAAGGGCAAAGACACAGGGGUCAAAGGUCCCUACUCCCAGCUGACCCAGGAAGAGCUGAUCUCCCUGGUGGUGAAGCAGCAGGAGCAGCUCUCCAAAAGGGAUGACAAGAUCAAGGAGCUGGAGCAGUAUAUUGACAACCUGCUGGUGCGCAUCAUCGAGGAACAACCCAGUAUCCUGAUGUCCAUGAACUCACUCAAAUGAGAACUCUAGAAAUAUAUAUUACUCCAUCCUGUUCCUAAUCUUUCAGAGCAGGGCUUUCCUAAAAUGUUUAUCUUCCUCAAUGCCCAUGUAUUGGGCUGUUUGAAGAUUUCUGGCUUUCGUCCCAAAUAACUUUGAAUUCACCUGACACCCAUGUAUACCAUACCAAGCACUGGAUUUGUCUGUUCCUACUGAACAUAUGUACUUUUGAUUGUUCAUUACAUUUUGUCUAAAGGGUUUCUUAAAAACUACAACUUUAUGGUUUGUAAAGACAGUAUAAGAACAAAACCAAGCACAAGUCUACAUAGGCCUGUGGGAAGUUGCUUUACAUUUUUGACAGUUAGUUUUUUCUUAGUAUUAACGUUUUGAUUUUCUUUCCAUGAGUAUGAUAUUCUAUUAAUGUUUUGAUUUUCUUGAGAUGAGUAUGAUAUGAAGGUUAAAUCCAGAGCAACGACACUGAAGAAUGAAUUGAAUAGUAAUGAAUAAAAAAAUGAAUAAUGAAAGCUCCAACAGAACAGUAGAGUUUGCAUAUUUGGUAACACUUUAUGUAAAGCAGACAGACCGGUAUAAUAAGGGGUCAUACAUGCUUAUGACAAGUAUUACAAUUAAUUAUAAUCACAUAAUUAGUAAUACCUGCCGGUGAAGUUUUACUUUGUAUUGCUUGUCUAUGAGGUACAGAUAUUAUUCCCUGAUACUGUAUAACUCAUGUAAAAUGUUGUACAUAUUGAGAUGUCCUUUUCCUAUAUUGUCAACUUUAUGUUGAAUCACUUUGAAGAGGAAAUAAUUGACAAAUUGCUAGUCUGAGAUAAACAUGGAUUGAUAAUUAAUACAAUUUAGACUACAGAUAAACCAGGUUUACUGGGAUGUGUGGACUAUGCCUUUUGAUUAAUGCACUCGAUUCAUUGCUAUCUCACUGACAGGUGCACCUCCAGAAACAAAUUGCAUGGGUGUAACCUAUAGACACUGUUCAAAGUGGCAUUUCCUUAUGAAGAAAGCUAUUGGGAUUCAGAGACUGUUUUCUUACACCAGCUACCACUGGCCAUAGGUAGAUAGCAAGAUGUGUCAGAGUAUGUUGGUCUGCCUUUGGUCAUAAGAAGGAUUACUGUAUAGUUGGGUGAAAGUUAAUCUCAGACACCCAGAACUAAAAUCUCACGUAAUUGCGUCAGAUGCUCAAUUACAUCUGUCCACGAGAGAUAGGUGAAAGUCAGAAAGUGUCUAUUUGGUCCAUGUAUAGCCUAUUCUACAAUGAUAAAAUAAAGAGUUAUUUUCAAUCAA